AUGUCUUGGUUCUCUUGGCUUCUGAUGCUCUGGGCCUCCUCAGCACCAUCCCUGCUUCUCAUAGGACUGGUGGGAAGACAGUUGGGAGUAAAAGUGGGAUUCCAGGUGGUCCAGACAGUGAUGUGUUCUCAGUGGAGGACACCAAGCAGCCAAGAGCAGACCCAGGAUGGAGAUGUUGUUCUUGGCGGACUCUUUAGUCUCCAUUUCCAAACACCAGCUAUAGACAACGACUUCACAAAACCUCCUCACUAUAAGCCUUGCACUGGUUUAGAGCAGUUUCCUUUACAGUACAUGUAUGCCAUGAUGUUUGCGGUGGAGGAAAUCAAUCGUAGUACCAAACUACUGCCAAGUGUGAGGCUCGGCUACCGUAUUCUUGACAGCUGUGCCCUACACCCUUGGGCUUUGAAUGGGGCGCUCUCACUUAUCGCAGGUGGCAGCAGCAGCUGUGAGUCAGCAGCAGAAUAUUCAGAUAAGAAAGGAGAGGAAAUUAAAGGUUAUCAGCCUGUUCCUUUGGUCAUUGGUGGCGCCUCAUCCCAAACAGGUCUAAUAAUUUCCAGAACUCUGGGACCACUGUCUAUCAGUUACCAGUCUAGUUGUCCCUGUCUGAGUGACAGGCAUCUGUAUCCAAAUUUUUUCAGAACUAUACCCAGUGACAUAUAUCAAGCACAGGCCAUGGCACGACUAGCUAUUCGAUUUAACUGGACCUGGAUUGGGGCAGUAAAAGCAAACAAUGACUACGGCCAUGUGGCAAUAAAGGUAUUUCAGGAGGAGAUUCAAGGAGCUGGUGUGUGUUUGGCAUUUGUCGAGACACUGGACAGGGCAAACAUCAUGAGUGACGCCAGACGAGCAGCACUCACAAUUCAGUCCUCGACUGCAAGAGUGAUUCUGAUCUUUACCUGGUAUACAGAUGUGAGGCAGCUAUUCUUGGAAUUAGUCAAAAGAAAUGUAACUGACAGACAGUUUCUGGCCAGUGAAGCUUGGAGCACCAGUGCCGAUCUUCUACAAAAUCAUGCUUUUUCUCAUGUGGCAGCCGGUGUUCUUGGUGUUGCCAUUCGAAGUUCAAAUAUACCUGGAUUUGAAAAGUACCUCAGAAGCUUGCAUCCAUCUAAACAUCCUGAUGAUGUGUUUCUAAAAGAAUUCUGGGAAAAUGAGUUUGGUUGUAACCCUGGAACUAUUCAGUCAAAUGCCACCACUCUCAUUUCAAAUUCAGCAAAAGCUGCACUUCUGCCCUGUAGUGGGACUGAGUCACUGGAGCGGCUGCAGAACAGAUUAACUGACCUUUCCCAGCUGAGGGUGGUGUAUAAUGUCUACCUCGCUGUUUACGCUGCAGCCCACGCUCUUCAUAACCUUCUGUCAUGCCCUGAUGGACACAGCAGCUACCGCUGCUCCUCUCCAAGACACAUUGAACCAUUACAGCUCUUGAAGCACCUGAACAAAGUGAACUUCACUACUCCACAGGGUGAAAGCUUUUAUUUUGAUGGGGCUGAUAUUCCAGCAAAGUAUGACCUUGUCAACUGGCAGAAAACUGCUGAUGGAUCCCUCAAACUUGUGUUGGUCGGCCAUGUGGAUGGGUUUGAUUUCUUCCUUAACCAGUCGGCUCUUCAAUGGAGCUCAGGAUCUAAUCAGGUUCCUGUUUCAGUAUGCAGUGAGCACUGUCCCCCAGGCACUCGGGUGGCCAUUAGGAAAGGAGAACCUGUCUGCUGUUUUGACUGUAUCGCAUGUACUGAAGGAGAGAUUAGUAACAAAUCUGGUUCACUUCACUGUGAACGAUGUCCAUCUGAGUUUUGGUCCAAUGCUCAGCGCACAUCCUGCAUCCCUCGACAGCUGGAUUUUCUCUCAUUUACUGAAACCUUAGGAAUUACUCUUACAACAGUAGCUGUGUCUGGUGUAGUGGUGACAACAACUGUAUUUGUUGUUUUCCUUUGGUAUCGUCAAACACCAAUGGUACGAGCUAACAAUUCAGAACUGAGCUUCUUGCUCCUCGUGUCACUUAAGCUCUGCUUCCUGUGCUCUCUGGUGUUUAUUGGUCGUCCAUCCGUCUGGUCUUGUCGCUUCCAGCAGGCAGCAUUUGGGAUCAGUUUUGUACUUUGUGUUUCCUGCCUCAAAGUCAAGACCAUAGUGGUUCUGGCAGCUUUUCGUUCAGCAUGGCCUGGUGCAGGAGCUUUGAUAAAGUGGUUUGGUCCAAACCAGCAGAGAGGAAGUGUCUGUCUCUUUACCUGCAUACAGGUGAGAAUCAUCAUCUGUGUGAUAUGGCUGACCCUUAAUCCUCCUGUGCCUCGUCCUAACUUUGAUAUCCGGGGGUUAAAGGUUACCCUGGAGUGUGCCAUGUCCUCUGUGGUGGGCUUCUCCCUGGUUCUGGGCUACAUUGGCCUGUUGGCCUGCUCCUGCCUCCUUUUGGCUUUUCUAGCAAGAAGUCUUCCUGAUAAUUUCAAUGAGGCCAAACUGAUCACCUUCAGUAUGUUGAUUUUUUGUGCUGUUUGGGUGGCAUUUGUACCUGCUUACAUCAGCUCUCCUGGAAAGUACACUGUUGCUGUAGAGAUCUUUGCAAUCCUGGCCUCCAGCUAUGGUUUACUGGUGUGUAUCUUUGCUCCAAAGUGCUUCAUUAUUCUUUUGAGGCCUGAGAGAAACACCAAGAAAUACCUGAUGUCAAGGUAG